UGUGGCACGCCCACUGGGUAUGCGGCAGGGGCUCGAGGGCGGCUGUGCACUUUCCUCCUGUCCCGAGCCUGCCCAAGUCGUCCCCAAGAUGACGGGCACACAUUUCUUCGUUCUUUUAGUGAUCUCUCUCUCGUGUCUUUUCGAAAAUGUAGGAACGACUCCGGAGAAUCCACACUUAUCCUACGAUUUCUUGUACAAUGAAGGCAUUGCUAUGUACACCGAAAAUAACUGGGAGAAAUGUAUUAAGAACAUGGAAGAUGCCUUGAGUGACUGGCACUGGUGGAGAGAAAACAUAGCAAAGUGCCGAGAAGAGUGCCAUAACGAUUCAGACAACACGGCAUUGCUCUCGGAGAAGCUUCAAGAACAGGACCGCUUCUUCGAGAAGACAGUGCGCACAACCCUAUGCAUCGUUAAGUGCAAAAAGACCGUCUUUGGAUCGAGGAUGGAUAGGGUAGUCGAGAGCAAUGUGGAGGAGGAUUUCGACAUGAGGAAACCCUAUGACUACCUGCAGCUGUGUUAUUUCAAGCUGGAAAAAAUAAAAGAGGCAGCAGAUGCAGCAGCAACGGUGUUAGUGGCUCAGCCAGAACACGAAGUCAUGCAGAGCAACUUGCAGUAUUACAUUAGCGAAGGAGGAGUCGACAUUUCAAAUGUUGUCAAUAGAGAACUUCAGGAAUAUGGUAGUGAAUACAUCAAAGGAACAGUAGCCUAUAACAAUGAGGACUAUGCUGGGACAAUCGAGCACAUGGAAAAGAGCUUAGAGCUUUACUACAAGGCUGACCAGGAAUGCCGCAGACUCUGUGAGAAUUCCAUCGAGCAGAAAAUACUCGAGGACUUCAUAAUGACAAUUGCAAAUCAGUACACCUAUACCAUACGUUGCAAGAGAAGGUGCAACAGAGCCCACGGAAACUUGAUGGGGGAAACUAUUCAAAACUUCCUUGCAUCAUAUUUCAAUUAUCUGCAGUUUGCUUAUUAUCAGGAAGACAAUAUCAAAAAGGCGUGUGAAGCCGUGGCCUCUUCUCUCCUGUUGGAUCCUGAGGACCCAAUUCAGCAACGUAACAAGCAGUACUACUUAAGCAGUGAAGACGUGACUGAUGAUAUGUUCGUUCCACGAAAGUCUGUGGCGGCAUACAAAGACCGCAUGGACUAUGAAAGAGAAUUAAUCGAGUUCAUUGAAUUGAAUUUCGUUUUCAUUGAUGAUGACGUCUUAGAAGAUAUUGACUUAGAAGAUGACGUGACGGUAUGUUCCCUGCCUUUAUUUAACACAUUGCUGGGUCUGUUUGUGGCCACUAUAGUCUCUAAGGGUUUGUUUGCCUUGUAUUUGGAUGGUACUGAGUGUGGAGGAUCACUUUAAGCAUGAUGGGGCAGGACCUUGUAUUGGGGGGCUUGGUAGGAUGUAGAAAUCGUAGGUGUGGAUUUGUUUUUGUAUUUUAUUGACGUUUUUUUUUGCAGUAAUGACUAAAAUUUUUGUAGAAAUGAAGAGGAGGGGAUUAUUGUUCAUAAGAUGAUUCUAAAUUCUACUUAUUUGGUGCUAAGUUUUUGAAUGAGGGAGAGAAGGAGAACAUAAUGGAAU